ACUGCUUUUAUUUGUCCAUCGAAGGACGCUGGUUUUCCACCUCUCUCCCUCGCACAAAUUUGACCUAAUGUCGGCCCCGCGAUCGAACCCACGAUUACCAGCCCCUGUCAAGCGUUACAGAGCAGGACAAGCUCCAACAAAUGUACAAGAAUCAUCAGACGAAGAGGAGGAGGACGAGCAACAAGAACAACAGCAGGAGCCACCAUCGAUUCAAAGAAGAGAUCAUGCAUCACAGGCAAUUCAAUUUGCCCAGAAAGAAGUCAUCACGGGUGUUGAACAGGUUGCUAUUUCUGAUCAAGAUGCAGCAAGCGAUCGUCGACUUCGGCGACUUAAAGAAGCUCAAGAAGCAAGAGCAGACGAAUCCGGUCGUCGCCGGCGGAGGUUUGAAGAAGACGAGCCUGCAGCCGCCCAAGAAGAAUCGGAAGACGAGGACGAAAUAGCUGCGCAAAGGCAGCGAAUGAAGCAGAAAGCGCUUGAGCUGCGAAAAGCACAAGAAGCAGAAAGCUCUCGAUUACAAGAAGCCAUGCCUAUAGAAGAAGAGGAGGAAGAUGAAGAAGAGGAAGAGGGAUCCACCGAGUACGAGACUGACUCAUCAGAGGAUUACGUAGCACCAAAGUUGAUUAAGCCUGUAUUUAUACCAAAGGAUAGAAGAGCCACGGUGAUGGAGAAGGAACGCAUAGCAGAGGCAGAAGAAGCAGCUGAACGACAAAGACUGGAGCGUUUGGAACAGCGAAAAGUUGAAUCGCAUCAAUUGCUCGCUGAUCAGCUUAAGAAAGAUGUCAUGGGCGAAGAAAUCGAUCCCGACUCCGCGGCUGGUCCCCCUGAUGUUGAUGAUACGGAUGGCGUUGAUGAGGAGGCAGAGUUUGAGGCGUGGAAGAUUCGAGAACUGCUUCGUAUUAAGCGAGAUAAGGAGGAAAGAAUUGCUCGGGACCGAGAAAGAGAAGAAAUUGAGCGACGACGAGAAAUGCCAGAAGAAGAGCGUCUUAAAGAAGAUUUGGAACGAGCACGCGAAUCUCGAAAGAAAGAACGAUCCAAGCACCAGUUUAUGCAAAAGUAUUACCACAAGGGUGCUUUCUAUCAGGAUAACGACGACGAGAUCUUUAAACGAGAUUACGAAGUGGCAACAGAAAGCGAAAUCAAUAAGAAGGAGAUGCUUCCUGAAGUUAUGCAGGUCAAAAAGUUCGGUAUGGCUGGCCAGACAAAGUACAAGCAUUUGGCUGCAGAAGAUACCACCGAUAAAACAUCUGCUUGGAUGCAAAAGUCCGAUGUCAACCGCCGUACUAUGAAGCGAAUGGGCGGUAUGAAGGAUGAAUUUGAGCAUCGUAACAAGCGCAGGCGAUAGGAUAGAAUCACUCAUAAUAAAAUGUAAAUGUGCAAUAUAUAGCAUUUUCUU